AUGCGCCGGGAGAGCGACUGCGCGGAGGAGAAGGCUCCCGCCAAGGGGGACCCGGGUGCGGAGUGCGCCGUGCGAGCCCGCAAGAGGAAAGCCGAUGUGGCCACGUUCUUACAGGAUCCUGAUGAAGAAAUUGCCAAAAUGGAGAUGACUAGGAAGAAGCAGUAUGAAAGCCAGCCAUCCUGGAAUAAUGUUCACAAAAAUGCCCAUAUGCUGAUUCCUACUCCGGAUAAAGAUGAUGAUCUAGUUGGUGUUGAUUACUCUCACUUUAUACAUCUAAGUGUUGUUCCAACUAGAGCUUCACCGUUACCAGUUUUAGGCUGGGCAAACAGAGAUGACGUAUGGAAAAACAUGAUAAACAAAGAAGAGACGUAUGUGAGGGAUAAACUUUAUAUGCAAAGGCACCCUCUCCUGCAACCUAAAAUGAGAACAAUCCUUCUAGACUGGCUAAUGGAGGUUUGUGAAGUCUACAAGCUUCAUAGAGAAACGUUUUAUUUAGCACAAGAUUUCUUUGAUCGGUUUAUGGCAACACAACAGAAUGUUGUAAAAACACUAUUGCAACUUAUUGGUAUCUCGUCUUUAUUCAUAGCAGCAAAGCUUGAGGAAAUUUAUCCACCAAAGUUGCACCAGUUUGCCUAUGUUACAGAUGGAGCUUGUACAGAAGAUGAAAUCCUCAGUAUGGAAUUGAUCAUUAUGAAGGCUCUUAAUUGGAACUUAAAUCCACUGACAGUUGUAUCGUGGCUAAACAUUUACAUGCAAGUUGCGUAUUUAAAUGAGCUUUAUGAGGUAUUGCUGCCACAAUAUCCACAGCAAAUAUUUGUACAAAUAGCAGAGCUCUUGGAUCUCUGUGUGCUGGAUAUUGGCUGCUUGGAUUAUACGUAUGGAGUACUUGCAGCUUCUGCUUUGUAUCAUUUCUCCUCAUCUGAGCUGAUGCAGAAAGUUUCAGGUUAUGAAUGGUGUGAGAUAGAGGAAUGUGUAAAAUGGAUGGUUCCGUUUGCGAUGGCUAUAAGGGAAGUAGGAAGCUCCAAACUCAAACACUUUAGAGGUAUAGCUCCUGAAGACUUGCACAAUAUACAGACGCACAUAAACAGCUUGGAUUUGCUGGACAAAGCUCAAGCAAAGCAAGCCAUAUUGGCUGAACAAAAUAGGACUUCACCUUCCCCCACUGGUGUUCUUACACCACCACAAAGUAGUAAGAAACAGUCUUCUGGACUGAAGCCAAUAUGA